AGGUUUUGCUGAAAUUAAAUAUAUAUAUACAUAAAUGUAAAUAUUAAUCGUCAAUAUACGAUGUCCCCUAACCCGAACGAGAAAAAUCUAGAAUUAAUACAGGGAACUGGUACUCUAGAUGAAGCUGACUCAGUUAUCAACCGUUUCCCUCAGAGCGAUUUGAAACCAGGAUAUCGUCGAUUGGAAAUUGUUUGGAAAAAUGUUAUUAACACUUCUAUAUCGCACUGUAUAGCGAUUUACGGAUUUUAUUUGGUUUUUGCUAGCGCUAGUUGGAAGACGACUUUAUUAGCGAUUCUCAAUUUAGAAUUGGGAAUGUUUGGCACAACAGCUGGAUCCCACAGACUAUGGGCCCAUCGAGCGUAUAAAGCCACAUUUCCUCUGAGACUCAUUCUAAUGUUAUGCCAGACUGUGGCAUACCAGUAUUCUGUGAUUAAUUGGGUCAAAGAACAUAGAUCGCAUCACAAAUUCCAAGAAACCGAUGCCGAUCCGCACAACGCAAACAGAGGAUUUUUCUUUUCGCACAUCGGUUGGCUAUUGUGCAGGAAACAUCCUGAUGUUAAAAAUAAGGGCAAGACUCUGGAUCUAUCCGAUUUACAUGCUGAUCCUGUACUAAGGCAAGUAGAAAACCGUUUCGUGGCCUACUUCACCCUGGGCGAAGGUUGGCACAACUACCACCACACGUUCCCGUGGGACUACAAGGCGGCGGAACUAGGAAAACUAAAUAUAACCCUUUACUUAAUAGACUUGUUUGCUAAAAUCGGAUGGGCCUACGAUCUGAAAACCGCCUCGCCAGAAAUGAUCAAAAACCGAGCGGUCAAAACCGGAGACGGAAGUCACGAGAUAUGGGGAUGGGGAGACAAGGACCAAACAAAAAUGCCUCCAAAUUCUUCAGACACAUCGAUUUGUCAGCGGCCUAAUAUACUUACAGGUGUUUUAGAUGAAAAGGACGUUGUUGAUACCGAUAAAAUUCCAAAAGACACCUUCAAAGUAAAACCUAGAGAGUACAUUAUAGUUUGGAGAAAUGUGAUUUUGUACGGUUUGGUACAUAUUUUCGGUUUAUAUGGUUUAUAUUUGUCGUUUACCAGUGCUAAACUUGCUACAACACUUUUUGGUUUCAUCGUUUACCAAUUGGGUGCGUUUGGUACUACAGGAGGAGCACACAGAUUAUGGUCUCACAGAGCUUAUAAGGCUACGUGGCCUUUGAGGUUUUUCUUGAUGAUUUGUCAAACGAUAUCGGUGCAGAACUCUGUCAUUCAAUGGGUGAGAGACCACCGACUCCAUCACAAAUACUUGGACACCGACGCGGAUCCUCACUGUCCUCAAAGAGGAAUUUUCUUCUGUCACGCCGGUUGGAUAAUGUGCAGGAAACAUCCGGACGUGAAAACUAAAGGGGCUUUAUUGGAUUUGUCAGAUCUGUACAGCGACCCUAUACUCAGGUUCCAACACAAACAUUUCAACUGGUUCGUGGUAGUUGUCGGUCUUAUAAUUCCAUCAAUAAUUCCACUAUUAUGGGGCGAAACCCUUUGGAACGGAUACUACAUAAAUGCAGCCCGAUUAUUCCUGGAAUUAAACGCGACCUGGACUGUGAAUUCGAUUGCUCAUUUCUACGGAUUCAAGCCCUAUGACAAAAAUGUGAGCUCCACAGAAACAGCUUUCGUCUCAUUUAUAGCAAUCGGCGAAGGCUGGCAUAAUUUCCACCAUGCUUUUCCAUGGGAUUACAGGGCGUCAGAGUUUAGGAAACUCAACCUGACGUUGACGUUUAUCGAUUUGUUUGCUAAAAUCGGUUGGGCCUAUGACCUGAAGACAGUUUCAAAUGAAAUGAUUCGAAACAGGGUGAAACGAACUGGAGAUGGUAGCCAUCAUAUAUGGGGUUGGGGCGAUAAGGAUCAGUCGGAAGAUGAUUACAGGGAGGCUGUUAUUUUAAAUUAAAAAAAAAGAUAAACAUAGGAA